UGAAAGUGCAACAAUUUUGUGGUCCGGAUACAAAUUCUUCGUUGCUGGCUGUCUUGGCUAACCCUCGACCAACAUGAAUAUCUUUAGAUUGUUAGGGGAUAUUUCCCACCUUGCCGCACUCAUAAUAUUGUUAUUAAAGAUUUAUUCCUCUCGUUCGUGCAAGGGCCUCUCAGGAAAAACUCAAAUUAUGUUUGCGUUGGUGUUUACUGCCCGAUAUGUUGACUUGUUCGUAUACUACAUAUCUGCAUACAACACGAUAAUGAAAAUUACAUUUAUUGUGUUGUCUUACUUAACGGUUUACUUUAUUUAUGUUAAGUUCAAGGCAACUUUAGACACAAAUGAUCAUCUGUUUCGUCUUCCCUACUUUGUGAUCCCCAUUGGUGGCCUCGCAUGUCUUGUCAACCACAAGUUUGAGCUUUUGGAGGUACUGUGGACAUUUUCUAUAUAUCUGGAAUCAGUUGCUAUUUUGCCUCAAUUAUUUAUGAUCAGUAGUACAGGUGAAGCGGAAACGAUAACUGCACACUACUUAUUCGCAUUGGGAUCUUAUCGUGCUUUGUAUUUGGUCAAUUGGAUAUACCGAUAUUAUGUCGAAGAUGUUUAUGACUUGGUAGCUAUUGUAGCUGGAUGUGUCCAAACACUAUUAUACAUUGAUUUCUUCUACCUUUAUGUCACUAGAGUACUCAAAGGUCGCCAACUUAUUCUUCCAGUCUGAGAAAAAAGGGUGUGCUGUAAUUUUCGAUUAAUACCUUGUUUAGCAAUAUUUCGUUUGUUUUCUUUUUUUCCUUAUAAUACUGGUUCAUUUGUCUUAGUAGUAAAUUUGUUGAAAACAUGUUCAAACCUCAAGUGCCCAGGUAAAUCGAUUCAUUGCUGGUUCUAUUCAGUUAAUUUUCUUCUUGAACUGUAACCUUUGCUUUCCUUCUCUUAUCUAUAUGUGUUUUUCUAUCCAGUAUUAUUGAAUUCACUGUUUAUGGUUUCAUAAAAAUAUAAGUGACAUGGAGUAUUUGGUGUGUUUGCUAUAUUUUAUGUAUUUAUAUAUAAGAAAGUGUUCGCUUCGCUUCAUUUUUCCUUGGAAAUGUAAAGCGCUUUCAACCUAUAUAUAUAUAUAUAUAUAUAUAUAUAUAUAUAUAUAUAUAUAUAUAUAUAUAUAUAUAUAUAUAUAUAUAUAUAUAUAAACGCCGUCUUAGUAACCGGUUAAUAUGUGUGUCUAAGUACCCAACAACAAUACACUUCAUUUUUCUAUAACUUGCUUCAUAACAUACUUGAUUAUUUCAUAAACUUCUUUUGACUUAUUUGUUUACUUGUCAAAUUUUGUUAACACUUCUUUUUUGCUUUUGUUUGCUCUCCUCUUCCAAACAAAUUAAACAUCAUAAAUGCCUAUU